UUUGCGAAGUAACGUCCCUUUGCCAGAGCGCAACUUCGCCAGGCGUAAUGGAGUGAAUUACCACUAGUGUCUAUCUUCUUCGCUAGCGAAGUUACACUACUAACGAAAUGAUAUAACGCUGGCGAAUUUUUGCUAAUGUUAAUCACUUCGCCCUUUCGUAAAUCUGCCCCACGGACUUCGGGAUGCAGGAAUACAAGAUACUAGGAACUGGGGAACAGGAGCGUGAUCACAGUAUAAGAUUUAUGAUCUAACACAGGUUGUUGGAGGUGGUAGACCAAAAUAUCCCUUUAAUUAGAACUGAACCUGAAGCUGGAUUGAGGGUGUGGGCCAGGGAAUACAAACAUAGGAAAAGGCAUUGAUAACCCAGGGGGUUACAACCCCAGUGUCUCAACCUGGAUGAGCAGUGACCUGUAUCCACUAGAAGAUCCUUGUUUCUACACCAGGGAGUUCCUAACACACGGUGAGGUUAUUUCCAUUAUAACACUAUACAAAAUUGGGGCAUCUUUGGUACCCUUACAUGAGUUGAAUUAAUCUCUGCCCAAAACAAGGACAUUUAUACAUGAAAGCCAGUACUCUGGUACCACCUGUCAGUGUGGGAUUAGAGAAUAUGGUUCUCUCAUUGCCUCACCUCAACAUGCUGUGUUUUUAUGUGCAUCUCCCAUCUAGAUGAACAAGCAACAUGUAGAAACCAGUAUAUGGACCUCGAUGCCCCGGGGAUGAAUUAUGAGAGUUCAUGGCUUCAUCGUCACUGUAUGUCACCCAUAACUCUACACAGACGGGCAAAAAAAACAAGCAGAUUGUUCUCGGGUCUCUUUGGCAUGAAUCUCAUGUUUAUGGGAGGAGCUCUGGCUACCAGUGUGGCACUGAGUAACUAUUAUGUGCCAGAAGGAGACUCACAAAUCUUCCUUUGCAUCCUCAUGUUGUUCAGCUCAAUCUGGUCACUGUACCACCUACUGUAUGUCAGGAGGAUAAAUUAUACUGCACGACACAAGGACUACAAUGCAGGGGCUCCAUGGCUAAAAGCCUUCCUUGCCCCUUUUGGUAUAUGCAGUAUCCUGCUGUCCUUCUUUAAGAUUGGCCACUUCGUGCUCCUGCAAAACUGCACAUUUCCAACGCCUAUCAUCUUCAACUGCAUGCAGAUACUGUUUAUCAUUGUCCAGACCAUUAUGCUAUCGGUUUCCUGCAAGGAUUGUAUUCAGGUGCAGCACAAUGUUACCAGGUACGGCAUCAUGUUGACACUGGCCACAGAUAUGCUGCUGUGGCUUACAGCAGUAAUUGAUGACUCUCUGGAGCAAGAUCUGGCAAUCUUACAAGCAAACACAACACAAGAUCAAGAAGAAAAUAUGUCACAGUGUCAGUGCCCCGUUUCUUCCAUGUGCUGGACCUUUAAGCAGGGAUAUGUGACCUUGUAUCCCUUCAAUAUUGAGUACAGCCUGAUCUGUGCUUCAAUGCUCUUUAUUAUGUGGAAAAAUGUUGGAAGAAGAGAAAGGCUUCAUUCCAAACCUUACCAGGCUAAAUUCCAGCUGCGUGGAAUAAUAUAUGGACCUGUGAUUGGGGGGGUUUUUCUUCUGGUUGGGAUCUGUUUCUUUGUCCAGUAUCAGAUUGAGGCAUCUUCUGGGUCGGUGUCUUCUAUAUCAUUUCUAAUGUAUUACUGCUACAAAGUCAUUAUACUGCCUCCCAUGAUAAUCUGCAGUGUAGCGGGGAUCCUGGCCUACAGCCUCAGAGAGAAGGAAAAGAGGGGUCAAGAGAAAAUCAACAAGAGUGACCAGGACUGGCUUCAAAUGGAAGAUAUUGGAAGUCAAAUACAAAACAAUAACUAUAGCUCAGGGCACUAUCAAAGUAGCAAGGGGAAAAAGAAAACAAAAAGAUAUAGCAUGGAACAAUUUCACUGUACAAAACAGGACCAGGCACAGAGGACAGGCAAUGAGCUGGAACAGGAAGAGAAACUAGACCGUAGUCAAGGAAACACCAAAAAGACUUCGAAAAACUACACCCGUAGAUUGGAUGUAACCCUGCUGUUUAUUUCAGCCGUGGGCCAGCUUGGCAUCUCGUACUUUUCAAUAAUAGCCACAGUGGUCACCAAUCCAUGGACCAUGAUGAGUAUCCUGAACUUCUCAAACUCCCUGCUCCUGAUCCUCCAGUAUUUGUCUCAGACAAUGUUCAUUAUUGAGUCCAUGAGGGGGAUCCAAGAGGAAGAGAAAGAGAGCCCAGAACAACUUGAGAAAUCCUCCCGCUGUACGUCAGUAAAAGAGAUUGGCUGUGUGUCGCUUUCCAGCACAGAGGAUACUGGGCAUCUGAGUCUAGGCCGAAGGGUGGUGAAGGAGACUGCAAUGUUCCUAAUAAUCUCUAAUUUCAUGUGCUGGAUAAUGGGAGCCUUUGGAGCACAUCCUUUGUUUAUGAAUGGCUUGGAGCGGCAACUUUACGGAUCUGGCGUAUGGUUAUCCAUCCUCAAUGUUGGACUGCCAUUGUCCGUCUUCUACAGAAUGCACAGUCUGGGAAUCCUACUGGAAGUCUAUCUCCAUGCAUGAGAUGACAACCCUCCCUGAUCCCCCAUCUUUCUGAAAUACAGUGGCUGGGGGGUUUGUAAAUAUGAAUCUGAUAAUAAACAAUACAUAUUUGUGUGUGUGUGUAUAUGUGUGUAAUUUGUUGCUAAGGUUGUCAAAAGAAACAGGAGGGAGGUACCAGCUCAUUAAU